AUGUCGACUCGCUGGUCCGCCCUCCUCUCGUCGAGUCGCCCGUCGACCACCGCCAUCCCUCCCUCGCACAGCCGCGCGAGCCCGCCGCCGCCCCAAUCGCUUCCUCGCGCCCUCCACCACUUCUCGGAGCGCGACCACGUGCCCGGCCAAGCGUCCGCGGACUCUCCGGGCCCGUCCUCGGACUCGCCGGUCCGCUCGGCGAGGGCCGCUCUGAGCACGCAGCCGCAGCUCUGGUCGGCCUCGACGGCGCUGCCGUGGCUCGAGACGAGCGAGGACGGCAUCGAGGGCGGUACGAUCGAGCGCGCCGUGUCGAUGGGCGGGGCGGGGGCGAGGAGGGCCGUGCGCACCUCGUACGGCGCCGCGAGCGAGGUCAGCGCUCGUGCCGGGUCCGGCUACACGUUCGAGCCGCCGCUCGACCAGCACCACGCCGACGACGGUCGUUCUGCGGCGCAGGAGGGCGUCGACAUGCGCCAGCAGGAGGAGCCGGCGGGCUCCGACAUCGGCGGCGAGUUCACGUUCGGGUUCGACUCGCCCGUCCUCGUCGCUACCCGCGCCGUCGACGAGCACGGCUACGACCUCGCCAGCCCCGACUCGCACAUCGCCUACUCGCCCGCCGAGCGCCUCGAGCCCGUGUCGCCCAUCUCGCCCCUGUCGGGCGGCGUCGAGCAGGGUCGUCCGCUCGGCGGAUCGUACUUCCCGAGCCAGGCCGACUACGCCGUCCCGCCGCCGUCGUCGCUGUACGAGGGCCCAGCCUCGGCGCCGACCUACACGCACGACAGCUACUACCCCGGCGCCGCGAGCUACCCGCCCUCGUUCGCCGCCGCGCCCGUGCCGCUCUCGAUGGCGGCGUACCAGUCGUUCGCCUACGCGCAGACGAGCGCAUCGAGCGAGCACUACGUCAGCGCGACCGCGUACGACGACGGCGAUGACGGCACGUCGGGCUUCCAUGGCUUUGCGCCGCCGCCACCGCCUUCCUCGUCGUCGGCGUUUCACCCGAUGCAGCACCGCCGCAUCUCGACUGGCGGCAUCUUCCCGCAUUUCUACUCGCCGCCGUCGCACACCACCUCGACGUACCGCUACGUGCGCGCGCCGUCGCCGCCGCGCUCGCCGGCGUCGCUCCUCGCCGCCAACGUCCCGUUCGUCGGCCCGACGAGCCCGCGUUCCGGCCUCAAGCCUGAGCUCGACGACGCCGACCUGCCGUCGCCGCCGCCGCCGGUCCCGGACGAGUCGCUCUACGGCUCGCCGAUGAGCGCGUCGUCGUUCGGCAGCGGCGGCCUGAGCGCGUGGUCGUUCGGCGGCUCGCCCUCGGGCGACUCGGGCGCCGACGGUCAGCCCUCGUCGUCCUCGGCGUCUGGCCCCGCCAGCCGCCGCAUCUCGAGGGCGCCCGACGACCUCGACCCGGACUACGAGCCGUCGUCGCCGCCGCCGUCCUCCUCGCUCGCGGCGCACCCCAAGCUCCACAGCAGCUCGGCCGCCCGCCCGAUCUCGCCCAUCACGGGCAAGCCGGUCAAGAAGAUCUCGAAGCGUGGCUGGCCGCCCAAGGACGCUCACAAGCGCGUCUUUGUCUGCGAGUUUGAGGGCUGUACCAAGAAGUUCGGUCGACCUUCGGCUCGCGACACGCACAUGCGCUCUCACACCGGCGUCAAGCCCUUCACUUGCCCGAUCCCGACCUGCGCACGCAGCUUCGGCGUCUUCAGCAACCUCAAGCGCCACAUGAUCGUCCACCCGACCGUCGACUUCCGCCAGGUCAACGUCCACGACCUGCCGCACAUGCGCUUCGUCCAAGACCGGCCUGGGUCCGUCCCGACGCCCGACGGCGGCCGGCUCGAGUGGAUCGAGGACGAGGACGACGAGGUGCCGCAGCAGGAGGGAGCGAUGCAGGAGUGA